CAACCAGUGCUUCAACGCACAUGCCGUCAGAAUGGUCGACACAUGAAUGUUCCUGCACAGUGGACUCACGGCAAGGACAUGGCCACCACGAGUAAUGCAACAGCUGAUGGGCUGAUCUCAAGUAUGGCGGCUUCCCACACAGACUCCAGGAUGUACAAUGAUGAAAGGUGGAUUGAAAGCAUUAGCUCUCAAGUCGUUGAAGCUCGGAAUUCUUUGAACAACUCGCUGCAAUCUGUAGUGAGGAGAUGCAGAGUUCUCUCUGCCAAGGAGGUUGGUGGCAACUUUCUCCUUAUGAUCAAUCAAAUUCAGCUCCUUGUCGAAACUCAAAGGUGA